AAAAAAAUAAACUUGAAACACUUUAUUAAUAUGGCGGAAGGUGGGUUUUCUGGAAUUUUGUGUCGGUACUUUGCUAAUGGUAUUUGUAGAGAAGGUAGCAGCUGUCCAUUCUCCCAUGACCAAACGUUAGGAAGGCCAGACACCAUCUGUAGAUACUAUCUUCAAGGACGUUGUGCUUUUAAUAAUCGUUGCAGGUAUGACCACAUUAACCUAAAUAGAUCGGUAGCUACCCAGAACCAGCCUGUUGCUAAUGCCACCAAUUGUCAGUCAGGAAAGUAUUCAGGACACCAGUCGUCAGAAUCAGUACAGGGACCAAAGCAUGCUCAGUCAGUCACUCCUGGAACACCUUCUCUUGCAAACAGGAAUAAUGCUUCUAGUUCAGAUAGCUCAUUGG